CUUCUUGUUCAAAAUGUGACGACCAACAGGCUUAUUGACCGCCAUCAUUUAUCAAUCAUGACAAUGUCGAAAUUCCUUUCAAAAACGGCCGUUCGAGCGGCUUCCACGACGAGUCCAUCUUCUCAGAUGACCAAGGCAGCGGGAGACAUCUCCUCGGUCUUUCCCAGUUUGAGGCCGGACUACCAGCCAGAACCUUUGCCUUCGCGGUUCAAGGAUUUGAAAGCAGACCUGUUCGCGAAGAACGAAGAUGCUUUGAAGCAGAGCUGGAAGAGAUUGCUCCACAGCCUCGACGAGGAAAUACAGAAGAUCAAGGCCAAAGGGAGCGAUGUAUGUUAUUCGAUUCAGCUCAUCAAUAUGCCAUGCUAACUUUGUAAUAGAUUAUUCCAUCAGUCAAUUACUCAGACAUCAUCUCAGGCAAUGUGUCUGACGAGAUGCUCGCGGAAAUCCGUCACCGGGGAACCGUCGUGAUCCGCAACGUGAUUGACAAAGAAACAGCCUAUGGCUACCAGGAGAGAGUUAAAGAGUACGCUGCAGCAAACAAAGAGCGAGUGAAAGCCUUCCCUCCAGACUCUCCCGCAGUAUAUGAGCUAUAUUGGACACGAUCGCAAGCCGAGGCGCGAUCUCACCCCAGCAUGCUGAACACGCAGCAUUUUCUGCAGCGCCUGUGGCACUCGUCAGAUCCAAACACCCAAAUAUCUACGAGAAACCCCUUGACAUAUGCGGACCGCCUCCGGAUCCGAGGACCCGGCGAUGGCAAGUUCACUCUCGGGCCUCAUAUCGAUGGUGGCUCGCUCGAGCGCUGGGAAGACCCCGAGUACUCACGGGUGUACACCAAGAUUCUCGAAGGGAAGUGGGAGGAAUACGACCCCUUUGAUGCCAGACACCGUGUCAAGGCCAACAUGGAUUUGUACAACGGUGCUGGUGCGUGCUCCAUGUUGCGUUUCUUCCAGGGCUGGCUGUCCAUGUCUGAAACUGGUCCUAACGAGGGCUCGUUGCAUGUGUGCCCCAUGCUCCGUCACAGCACAGCCUACACUCUCCUGCGUCCCUUCUUCGAUGCCCAGUCUUCGCUGCCCAAUAUCGACAACACCUUCCCCGGCGCCGUUCCGGGCACUUGCCAAGAAUAUAACCCCGUUACACACCCCCACCUUGACCUCGAAACGACGAUGGUGUCAGUACCCCGUGUUGAACCGGGUGACUAUGUCGCAUGGCAUUGCGACUCGCUUCACUCCGUCGACAAAGAACACCGCGGAGACAAGGAUUCCAGCGUGCUCUACAUCCCCGCCACACCCAUGUGCGAGAUGAAUGUGGACUAUCUGCUUAAACAGCGCAAUGCGGCGCUUGCUUAUUCUCCCCCGUGGGAUUUCCCCGGUGCCGGUGGCCCUGGGGAAGCUGGCUUCCAGGGCGCUCUGGACUGGUCGUCUGUUAACACUGAUGGACAGCGAGCAAUGGGUAUUGGGAAAAGGGGCUGGGAGAUUACCGAGGAUAUGAGCCAGGGUGAGAAGGAGGCUGUGCGGUAUGCCAACAAAGAGUGUUUUGGUGAGGCAUAAAGCCACAAGCUAUAUACAAUAAUCGCAUCGACAUUUUGUAUCAUAUUUAUUGAAAAACAUUUCACAUAUGGCUUACCACACUGUUGUCAAUGAUUUUCGUAUGUACCAGAUCACGUAGAGCCUUUUCUGUCGCGUUCGUGAGCUUCGAGGCGGUCUGCUUCUUGAACAAGAAUACUGACCGCGCUCACAGCGUUCUAUACUAUCAAUACUUGGCUCGCUGCAAUUCGUCCCGUGAUGUACAAGUCUCAAUUUUCACUUCAGUUACUAUAAUUGGAGCUACUCGGCGCAUCUUGCGUGUACAAUAUAUAAGAUAAGCUUGCCAAUGUUCCCAAUCUGGACAAACGUGGCGAAUGGCGUUAUCUGAUUAUUGAAUUAAUUUUGUCACUGAU